AACGAGGGUACUGAUUGACUCUACUGGCUCAACCGCUCCGUGUGACCCUCCGCGGGUGUUUGUUCCGUCACGUGAGAUGGGGGGCAGAAUAGCCUGUUGUCUGGAGUGAGAGGGGAGGUCAGGGGACCAGGCCUAAGUGGGAGGUACCCGCGGGUCAUGACCCCGUCGGCGCGGCGCGGGAGUUGCGGCUCUAGUUAAGGAAAUGUAAGUUCAGAGCCGGCGGGGGUGGGAGUGACGCGGGGCACGCCGGGACAUGUAGUCCCGCCCGGGGUCGCUCUACCCGGCUCUAGCUUCCUCUUUUCUGUUUAUUGUUUUGGUUCUCGGGCUGUUCGCUCCGCUCCCUUCGCUGCGGCCAACCAGCAAGCAGAGGGGAAAGAUUGGCAGUCGCUCUGACCAAUCGGCUGACGGCAGCGGCGAGGGGCCGGGUGAGGUCAAUCCGCCAUGUUAGGAUCGGCAUAACCGAGCGGAGGAGCCGCGGGCGCGUUCGGCCCCACAGGAUGGAGCCCCAGGUAAACCUCAGCGUGAGCUUUAGAGGAGAGACCCAGAGCUUCCUGGUUUCAGAUUCAUCAAACACUACAUGGGCAGAUGUGGAGGCCAUGGUGAAAGUUUCAUUCGACCUGAACAACAUUCAAAUUAAGUAUAUGGAUGAGGAUAAUGACGAGGUCUCUGUCAAUAGUGAAGAGGAAUAUGAAGAAGCUUUGAAGAUUGCAGCUAAACUAGGAAAUCAACUUCAGAUGAACGUAUAUGAAGAAAAUCUUCCUCCAAAGGAAACAUUAAAUUCCUGUUCAAUGCAAGUGUGUGAAAAAGUGGGGUCAGAAAGAAUGGCCAUACUAAAGGAUGGAAAGAAACCUCUCUCUCACUAUUCCCUGCUGGCUCGGGCCAUAGGGGAGAGCAUGAAGAAGACCACAACACAGGAAACGUUAAAUUCCUGUUCAACUCAAGUAUGUGAAAAAGCGGGGUCAGAAAGAAUGGCCAUACUAAAGGAUGGAAAGAAACCUCUCUCUCAUUAUUCCCUGCUGGCUCAGACCAUAGGGGAGGACAUGAAGACCACAACACAGCAAAAGCUAAAUCAAGGUGAGGCAGGAAGGACCAGUAAAAAGCCUCCAGAGUGGUUUACAAGCUACUUGGAAACGUUCAGGGAACAAAUAGUUAAGGAAACUGUUGAGAAACUUGAGCAGAAGCUAAGCGAGAAGCUUGUUCUUCACAACCAGCCCCUGCAUUCCUCCAGCAGCUCUCUUGCUACAGCACGUUCAACUCUGGAGAUGCAUUCAGCUGAAGGCCACCAGUGUGACUGGCUAAUCUCCUGCAGCAACUGUCAGACCCGAAUUGUAGGGAUCCGCUACCAAUGCAGUUUGUGCCCAGCCUACAAUAUUUGCGAACUGUGUGAAGCAGGGACAUACUCUCAUGAUCCUAAUCAUGUAUUGUUAAAGUUGCGGAAACCUGUACUCUGCACACCUGAGCAUUACAGCCUUGGCCAGUUCUCCCCUCGUCUGCCUGCUACUCUGGAGCAAGUUAGGCUCCAGAAACAGAUGGACAAAAGAUUUCUAAAGGCAGAAAAGCAAAGAUUAAGAGCAGAGAAAAAACAGCGAAAGGCAGAGGUCCGAGAGCUGAAGAAACAGCUCAAGCUACACAGAAAGAUUCACUUGUGGAACUCAGUACAUGCACUGGAGACACCCAGUUCACCUGCUGUCAAGCCUGAGAGCCUGAAACCCAAUGGUCUCAUGACUCCUGUACAGCCCUGCCCAACGGUUGUCCCUACUCUGAGUGCAGCAUUUGUUGAUGAGAAUUUGCCAGAUGGGACUCAUCUGCAACCUGGGACAAGAUUCAUCAAGCACUGGCAGAUGAAGAACACUGGCAGUGUGGAAUGGAGCUUGGACACGAAGCUGAAAUUUAUGUGGGGAAAUCUGACCUUGGCAUCCUCUGAAAAAAAAGAUGUGUUGGUGCCAUCUCUUGCAGCAGGGCAAGUGGGGACUGUUUCAGUUGAGUUCAUUGCUCCUGCUCUAGAAGGGACCUACACUUCUCACUGGCGGCUGUCACACAAGGGAGAGCAAUUUGGGCCCAGAAUCUGGUGCAGUAUUGUUGUGGAUUCCUUCCCAGCCACUGCUUGUCUCGAAAAUAAUCGAAAGAUUUUUAGUCCCGGUCAAAAGGAUAAAGUUUGCUGUAAAAAAGAGGUGGUUUCCUCAUCAGAAGCAGAUGUCCAGCAGGCUGUUGAGGUGAUGGAACUGGCAGAUUUACCAGUACCAGCUAUUCCUUUGAAGAUUAAAAAUCCACACAGCGAGAGAGAGUUUUACAUUCCUUCAGUUGAUCUCCUUACUGCUCAGGAUUUGCUGUCUUUUGAACUGUUGGACAUUAACAUUGUGCAGGAACUGGAACGAGUGCCCCACAAUACACCUGUUGAUGCUCACAUGAAACUAAAGGCUGAACAUCCAGUGAACCAGGAGGAGGGGGAGGAAGAUAUGAGCGGGACUCAGUUUGUCUGUGAAACUGUUAUUCGCUCUCUCACGUUGGAUGCUGCACCUGACCAUCAGCCCCUACAAAGGAAGAAAUCUCUGCAGAACUCUCUGCAAAUGCUACAAGAAGCCUUCAGUUACAGUGUCAAAAACGAAGAACCUGUUAGGAAAAAAAGUAGUCCCACUUCCAAACCCCAGAAAACAAAGAGCUAUCAGCCAGAGGCAAUGGAAGGAAAUGAGUUUGAAAAAUGUGACGUAUCUGAAGGGUCAAAUAUCAGUGAGGAAACGAAUGAUUGUGAGGAUGAAGAGGAGGAUGUGAAAGAUGAAGUUCAAAGCCAGGGGUCUUCUGCUUCAGAGGAUUAUAUCAUUAUCCUUCCUGAGUGCUUUGAUACCAGUCGUCCACUAGGGGAGUCUAUGUACAGCUCUGCUCUCUCUCAGCCCAGUAUGGAAAAAGCAUUAGAGAUUGAUAUGGAGGUUCUGGUUCCUGAAGGUGAAGGCCAGCCACAGGUCCAAAAUAUCAAUGAUAUUUUAACAACUUCACAAACCCUGGACACAGUACCAUUGACUCCAGAAGUGGUCAGCACUGUACCUCAACAGCAAAGGGAUCCAUCCUCUCUUCAGAUUCACAACAUUCAAGAAACAAGCUUGUCAGCUGCUGAAGAAAUCAUUUCAACUGCUGUUGAUCAAAUAAGAGAAGAGCCCAGAACUGAAGAUUUUCUUGAAACGGAGCCUUCAGAAAAUGUAAAUAAUAAAUCAAAGUUCCCAGAAUACUCAAGACAUCCCCAGGGAAACAGCAUUGCAGGAGGGCUUGUUAAAGGGGCUUUGUCUGUUGCUGCUUCUGCCUACAAAGCACUGUUUGCUGGACCACCCAUUGUAGAACAGGAGCCUACAGCUACAGAAGAGCAGACUGCCACUCUCUUAGCCAAUCUGUGUGAGAUGGGAUUCUGUGACAGGCAGCUAAAUCUGAGACUGCUGAAGAAAUACAACUAUAACAUGGUGCAAGUAGUAACUGAAUUGUUGCAGAUCAAUAACAGUGACUGGUAUGGCAGCAGAUACUGAAUCUUCCUGGUGGCAGAAGCACCCGUACUUGAGCAGACUCUUAUUAAACACCACAGCAGCAGCAGGCUAUUCCUCAGUUUCCUUCUGUUUUGGGGCUGUUUGGGUAGAAGCAUUUAAGUUUAAUUUGUCAUACGCUCUUUGAUUCCUUUACUGAAAUCUUAAAUGCAGCACUUGUCACAGCAGUUCUAUGAACCAGACCAGAAUUUUAACUUUACUUUAGACACCAGAUAGGUAGGAGAAGAGUUUUAAAGUCUGAUUUGAUACUAAAUCCCUUUGUACCUGGGAGUCAAGUAGAAUGAUUUUAAAUUUCAGGACAAAUGAGAACUUCCCCUUUUUUAUUGUGUGCAAGAUACUUUUAAACAGGUGGAAGCUUUAUGUUGUUGACCAUAAUGUGAACAAGCAUAGGGAGAGAAGCCAGACAUUGCUGCAAAAUCUCACCUUAUCUGUAAGAUUUGUCCACAGCUAGCAGAAUGUCACUUGUAGUGACAGUUUAAGUAAUUGAUUUUUUUUCUAAUGCAUGAUGGUACUGUAACAGUAGACUAUAUACAUGCAUAAAAAGCAUUCUAAACACUUCUUUAAAAAAUGUUCACACAAGACAAACCAUGACAGAUUUUUUUUCAAAUGCUGAAACCUAAUGUUAAUUUAAACUUAAUUAAGGCAUUAAAAUAAUGCAGUGAAAUGAACUAUGGACAUUAAUUCACCAGCAGCUCUUGCAUAUUGCUAGUAAUGAUUGUACAAGAUUUAUCUUCAGCAAAAAUACAGUCAAUAUAAAAUAUUGUUAAGAAUGGAAUAUAAGGCUAUACAUACCUUUUAAGAAUCCUUAGGACUUUCUGCAGAGUGAAGGUUUGAUGUGUUUUCUCUAAAUUAUUGCAGUGCAAAUCUUUUGAUUGUUUGAUAUUAUAGAGAAAACUUGAAUGUGUAAAGCCUGUACUGGGGUGGGGGAAGGUGAACUGGAGUAAUAAUUAGGAAUGAGGGAGGGAGCAUCAGAGGUGGGAUUUUAGUUAAGUUUGUGUACAAAAAGGCAGUAAACUCCAGCAGCAUCAACUGCUCAGUCUCCCAUCAUGGAUUGACCAGGAUAUCAAUAUAUUUCUGGAAAUCUGGCCCACUUUCUCUUGUGGGUACCAUUUUGGUUUGGAUAGUAUUUGAUACAGCUGGAAAAUUCCCUUUUAAACACAAAGCAAGGUCAGGGUUUGAUUUCUGUAAUCCUCAAGAAACCAUUAACAUAUACUACUCUGCAAUGGUAUGCCAACAGAUCAUACCUUGGAGCCUGGAUCUGGCAGUAGUGUUGGCUACAUUAGUUGAGGAGAAAAAUGCACCAACUGCAGCACAAUUAAAACCACUGAUAAUUAAAAUGUUUUAAAUCCUGAUCACUGCUGGUUCAAAGUAAGGUGUUGCUAUUUUGACAGAGUUUUGCUAAGUCUGUAUCAGUAUUGUGAUUGAUUAAAUGAUCAUUAACUGUAAAAUAAACUGAAAAAAUCUGUAAUGUAGUCCUUUAAAAGAUGCAUAUUUUCUUCAAUUACUUUAAUGGUAUAAUACAGUUUUGUUUUAAUUUUUUAAUAGAAGUGCAAGACAACGUUCUGUUUAAAUGGGUUUUUUUAAUACUUUACAGAAAAUACUCCUUCCCAGUAUACUUUUCUCUGCAUUGGACCAGAUAAUUAGAUAAUUCCAUUACUUGGCAAAUUUUGUUUGUCUUAACACUUCUCCAUUACAUACAGCACUUGUCCCGACCUAUGCAAAACUUGUCCCUAAGCACUGUUGCUUUCACUGACAGAAGAAUAAGGAGGAUGACCUGUAAUAUCUGGCAAACCAUCUUGCCAGGGAGGCAUCUUAUUUGACUAGGAUUGCCCAGCAAGCAAUUCUUUCUGUUUUAUGUACCUUUACACUUACUUUGUAUUUUUUUUCCAUUUGAGCUGCUUCACAUAAUAAAACACUAAAGUAUUUGUAAUAAAUGGAUUUGUUGCAGUUAUAAAUGUCAGUAUUUCAAAGGCUCUUUAGUUUUACCCACAGCCAAAUGCUUGGGUUACUUUUACCAUUACAAAUCUAAGCUCUUCUCUUGUAGCCUGGUGUUUUAUUUUAUAUAUAUAUAUUUUUUUAGGUUAAAAAAAAAAUGCUAAAAUUCAAGGUAUGUUUCUGUUGGCUUUGUAUAUUUUGUUAAUUAAUGCAUGAUAUAUUUAUAAUACUCUUUAGUGCAAAUAAAGUCUCUGUAUAUUAUUUAGAAUAAGCACUUUAAAGUCUUCAAAUGUGAUGGGAAGAGGAGGAAGAAAAUCUCUCAAUCAUAAUAAUAAAAAUGUUUUUUUCUUUUUCCCUUC